AUGUCAAGUGCCACCCACCCACCAUCUCUCUUGUCCCCCAUUCGACUGCAACAAGCAAAGAAAUCGACGUGGCUCGUCCGUGGUACGAUACGCAACGACUCCAACUUCAAUCUUCUAUCCUCCGCGCCCUAUACGAAACCAUUUCCUUCCUUUACCACAAUUCAAACACGACGGCCAACAUCCAACAGAGCCCCUCCGUUUCCGAUAGCUUCAGCCCCGCCGUCGUCAUCCAAACGUCGCCGUCGAUUCACACAAGCGCCAGCCAUGUCUAGCCCCAUCGACAUCAGCGCCCUCAGCAAGGACUCCUCUUCAGAGUACGAAGCUAAAAUCAUAUCCAUCCUCUCCAAUGCCAUCAACGAGCUGCCCCCCACGGAGCUCUCGGCCGAGACCACCGCCGGCGAGAUCGACAAGCUCUACCCCUCUGACGUUUCCGCGGCCGAAGGCUUCCUCUGGAGCUUCUGGACGCUCCUCGUCGCCGUGGCCAAGAAGAUACCCGCCGACGAUCCCCGUCAGCAGCUCCUCGUUACGACUGUCGCGAAGCUCAAAAGCAAGCGGGACCAAGAGGUUGAGAUGUGGGGACAGAAGACGCGAGUUUGGAGUGAAUUGCCCAUGCUUGGGCCCGUCAUGAGAGACGAGUGGAACUGUUCGGUGGUUGUAGUUUCUCCUGAUUUCGACGGCUCGGAAAAGGACAAUGCUACCAUUCAGGAAUGGAUCUCGCUCAACUCCUUUGCGGCGAGAAUAUACGGCGCUUCGCUGCAGCCGUGGGUGAAUUUGGGCAUUUGGGAGCUGCGCUCUGGCCUCGAGGAAGCACCCGAGGAUCGACCAAAUGCCAAGGACACGAGGAUUGCGACGGCAUACGAGUGGAUUGUUCACGCCGGCAAGGAGCUGUAUGCCAACGGACGGCAGGCCCAGCAGCUGGACGCGAUGGAACAGCGGGCCUUGAAGCCUGGAUCUUUGCUCAAGAUUGAGGCUUCGGGGUUGAGCAAUGACCGGUGGAGUUUUUGGCGCGAGAGAAUCGGAGUGUUGGGUGCUGGGGCGGGAAGCGGAGUGGCCAAGGAGAAGGCGCAGAAGGCUUUGGAAACGAUGAAGGAAAUUGAGGGCAGCUAA